AGCAGGUCGAAUCGAGUACCCAAUAACUUGUGAUACGGUGACGCCGAGUGACGUUCACUUCUUUGUUGUCGUUAAAAUUUAACUGCGGAUUCAUACGCUGCGCACGUACCCAAGUGAAUCAAAGAUCAGCGAUGUCCCCCCAUGUUUUUACCCGCAUAACCUGUAUUUGUGCACUGUUUCUCAACUGUUUAGUUAUUCUUACGCUCUCACAUCGUUGAACUCGUCUUGUACAAAAUAAAUAACGAACAAAGAAAACCAGUCGGAACACAGAAACGACAUCUGCCUAGUUUUAUCGCUUCUGAUAAAUUGACUCGGUAUAAUACGUCUCACAUCUGCGGUGAUUCCUAAUGAUGUCAUUGGUGUUUUCAUUAAUUGUUUUAAUCAAUAAAAUUAAUUUUAGAUAUGCUUUUCGUGUAGUCCGUGACUGACAGGUUCAUGAGUUAUCGAUAUAUCAUUGUGUGAAUAUGUUGUCUGUUUGGUUUGUGUGUGUAGUGAUCUUGAUCUUUGUGCCCGCCGACUGUUUAUAUUCUGGUGAAAGCUGCACGGUCAACGGUCGACCUGGGAUUUGUAGGUUGCUCUCACAAUGUUCUCAUUUAGUUAAUGAGAUCCAAGAUGCUGGAACACCGAUGCCGCCGUAUCUGAGAAGAAAACUACAAAACCUCUCGUGUGGCUUCGACGAUGACGAGCCUAUGGUUUGCUGUAUUUCUAACCCUGGAGAUACGGGAGAUCCAAAUCAUAAUGGGUUACUUAAACCUUAUAAUAAUGACGAUAUUGAUACAGGAAAAAAUAGAGUUGAUGAUAAAAGUGGUGCAAAUACAAUAGACUCCAUACCGGAUAUUCGCUAUCACCCAAAACUAAAUCUGCUACCAACGAAUUGCGGUGUCAUUGAAAAUGACAGGAUUUUCGGAGGAAAUAGGACAAGGCUAUUUGAAAUGCCGUGGAUGGUGCUACUGUCAUACGACUCUCCUCGCGGUACAAAAUUAAGUUGCGGUGGUACUAUUAUAACCAGACGGUACAUCUUGACAGCAGCACACUGUGUGUCAUUCCUGGGAUCAAGACUGACAUUACGUGACGUCAUCCUUGGAGAGUACGACAUUAGGUCUGACCCAGAUUGUGAGAGGGUUGAAGGAGAAGUGUUUUGUGCACCAAGAGUUCGGAAUGUAUCUAUAGAUGAGACUAUACCUCAUCCGGGGUAUUCUCCCACGAGGCUAAGAGAUGAUAUUGCUUUAAUAAGGCUCUCAGAACCAGUAGAUUUCACCUUGGACAGCAUGAAACCAAUCUGCUUGCCGACGACACCAACAUUGUUAUCAGAGCAGCUGGAAGGUUUGCAGGGUGUAGUGGCAGGAUGGGGCACCACCGAGGACGGACUUCAGUCACCUGUGCUGCUCAGUGUUGAUCUACCAAUACUCACCAAUUCGCAGUGCCAGUCGGUUUAUCACGGAUCGCUUCAAAUUUACGAUACUCAACUGUGCGCAGGAGGAGUUGUGGAUAAAGACUCCUGUGGUGGUGAUUCUGGAGGACCAUUGAUGUACCCUGGAAGAACACAAUCUGUUGGAGUCAGAUACGUUCAACGGGGCAUAGUGUCUUACGGCUCCAAGCGUUGUGGGAUUGGAGGAUUUCCUGGAGUAUACACUAGAGUAUCCUAUUACAUGAAAUGGAUUUUAGAUAAUAUAAGAGACUAAAGACUUCUGAAAAGGCUGUAUAUAAUGUAAAAUAAAGCUACAAGUAUCAAUCAGUUCAAUAGCUUUAAUUAACCUUAAAAUAAUGUUUCAUGAAUCUUAAUAUUUAUAACUGUUACACAAAAUCAUUUUAGAAGAUAUUUAACAAAAGAAAAUUGUUUUGUUUUGUAAAAUUAUCAUCUUAUUUAAAAGUAAGACGUGGUACACCUAGUCUGCAUUAUUUAUUAGCUUAUUCGUUACUUUUUCUCAUCUUGCUAUUAAACUUGUUGGAUUUUUUUUAUUAAUAAUAAUUUUAGGUAAAGUUAAGAGAGGCGCGACAAGCACGUUGUUCAAUGCUUAAACAUGACGUAUGAUGUCAUAACCAUGCAGGUUCAUCAACGAGAGGAUGCAUAUAAAUCUUGUCACUUUCUUGUAUAAUUUAUAUAUUAACAUCAACAUAUUUAGGUACCAGUUUUAUAUUAUACUACUAAAAGUAAUGAAAAUCACCUCAAAACAUUAAAUUAAGGUUAACAAACAAAUAGAUUGAUGAACGAUACUUUCGAUCCUGUCAAUUUUAAUAUUUUUUAUAUACUGGUAAAACUAUUAAACACACUUUUAAACUUAUAUAGUUUGUCAACUUAAAUUACAACGUAGUCCCCUUUUAAUUUCAAAACAAAUCACAUAAUGUGUGUAAUCGUUUAACCAAAUGCCGUUUUCUAUUUACCAAUCUCGAUAGUGUAAGAUAUUUAUUUGUAAUUAAUGCAAUAGUAUUUAAAUAUAAACUAAUAAUAUAAGAAAUUCAAAUAUUUAAAAUCUAUAGAAGUCGUAUUUAAUUACAAUUAAUUUAUUUCAUACUGUGAUUAAACGAGCAUGUGUUCGUUUUUUUAUUUAUUUUAAAAAUGCGAGUAGUUUAAUGAGAUCUAAGAUUUUCGCGAGUUUAAUUCAUUUAAAUGAAACUAAUAUUUUAAAGGAUAAACUACGCGUGAUUGACCUUGUCUGCCCGUGAUCACGGUUGCUGAAAAGUAACCGAAACGUCGGGAGUAUGUAGUUUUUACAAAAAUAAAUCACGCGUAGUUUAUCCGAAAAAUAUUAGUUUAAUUAAAAUACGAGUAGUAGGUAUUAAUAAAAUUGACAUAAAUAAUAAAAAGUAAACAGUGAAAUCUAAGACUUUCGCGAGUAUUAGUUUAAAUAAAACUAACAUUUUUCGGAUUAUACUACGCAUAUUUUAUUAUUUAAAAAAAACUACAUACUCCCGACGUUUCGGUUACUUUGCAGUAUCCGUGAUCUCGGGCAGACGAGAUUAUUAUUAGAGACGUGAAUUAGAUAGUUUUCCGGGUAAUAACUACUGUAAUGGUCAUCCUAUGUUGAAGUCCUUUCCGAUGCUAAUGAAAUGUAUGUUAACCAAAUAGAAGCAAGAAACCUAAGCUUGUAUGAGUCUUUUAGUUCUUUUGUAAGAUAAAAUAUUUUAAUAGAAGAGACGAUUAAUCUUUCUAAUCGUCUGUUAUUUUAUUAACGGAAAUUUAAUAAAUGGGUAAAAUAUAUAAUAAUUAGUAAUUUAUUGCAACAAAAAGAUAUAUUUAUAUGUAUAUGUAUAUAAAUAAUACAAAUGUUGUUUUGAUAGUAUUUUAAAAUAUAAUUAAAGCUAAGGCUACCUAUAAUGGAUUUUAAUAAGGACAUUAAAACCUUUUUGUAUUUUGUUUCUUUUUUUAAAAUAGUGAUCUGUGAAAAUAAUUUUAAACUCAUCGGCUACGUGUUUAGAGUUUAGGAUUCAUCAAAAACUCAGUUAAUUUAUUAAUAUACUGCUAUUUAUAUGAAAAUAUAUUUGUAAUUAUAAAAUGAAGCAGAAUAGACCAGCAACAGAUUCAGAUGUUAGUGAAGAAUGUCAAUCCAAAAGGUCGUCCAAUCCCGUUCCAGCUCCAGUUCCUGGCGCCUCAUCAGAAGAGACUACUCCCGGGGCUUCAAAUGUUCGAAAUCCUUGUGGUGCACCAACAUGUCCUCAAAGUUGUCCCGAGCCUAAAAAUUCAGCAAAAGCGAGAGUAAAGGCUAUUUUGAAUUACCUCAAAGAACUGUGGAAAAAAACUGAUGAUCCCUAUAACUGGUCGCUGUUAAAAAGCGUCACCAUGUUUAUAUUGGGCCUUAAACUUUUCGAUGACCUCUACAAGCAUAUGGCGAAAGGUUCUAGGUCUUGUUAUUAGUUAAUAAAGUAUAAACGUGUACAGAU